AAAGAACUGCCCCCACCCCCCACACUUUGCAAUUUUUCACGUUUAUAAAAUUCGGGCUGCAGUAGUUGGAGAACAGAACAAAACAUAAAUCUCUCAAUUUCCUAGUCCAUCCCAGUUGAUACGCGCACACUUUGACUCCUCCUGCGUGUCUGUGGCCACCGCACUGCCAGUCUCCUUCCUACUGUUAGGUAAUAAAUCCGUUAGCUAAGCAGGUGGUAACAAGGUAAAGAUUAAAGCAAAGCUGCUCAGUAGCAAGAAACAAAGAGACAGGUGAAGCGAUUUGUGCGCAAAGGAGAACACAUUUUGAUUCCUAUAUAUAUAUAUUUAGAGAGAGAGAGAGCGGGGAGAGAAAUGGUGGGGUCAGGAGCAGCAGAAAGGAGCAAAGAAGCAGUUGGGAUGAUCGCUCUUCACGUAGCACUUAGAAGCGUCUGUCUUAACUCAGACUGGAACUACGCCGUCUUCUGGACCAUUCGCCCGCGCCCGAGAACCAGAGGUGUCAAUGGCUGCAAAUUCGCAGAUGACAAUGCUAGCCUAAUGUUAAUGUGGGAAGAUGGGUUCUGCAAAGGCAGAGUUGGGGAGUGUUGGGAGAUGAUGGAUCCUGUCAGGAAAGCCUUCAGCAAAAUGUCCAUUCAGUUGUAUAAUUAUGGAGAAGGAAAUGUUUGCAGGUUGAUUGGGAAAGUUGCUUCGGAUAAGUGUCAUAAAUGGGUUUUCAAGGAACCAAAGGAUUGUGAUCAAAAUACUUCCAAUUACUGGCAGAGUUCAGUAGAUGCGCUACCUCCUGAGUGGACUUAUCAGUUUGAGUCGGGCAUUCAGACUAUAGCUGUGAUUCAAGCUGGGCAUGGGCUGGUGCAGCUUGGUUCCUGCAAGAUGAUACCAGAAGACCUUCACUUUGUGCUGCGUAUGAGACACAUAUUUGAAUCUUUAUGCUACCAAUCUGGAUUUCAUCUAUCCCAGUUAUUUUCUUCCAUGCGGGACGUCUCACCUUCGUCGGCGCUUCCUGAAAAUAGACCGCUUCGCCCUCUUCCACCCCAGUUCAACUGGGGACCUACGCCAAUCUGUUCUGUGCCAACAAUGCCUAAUGUUCACACGCCGGCUUUCGUACUCCCACCAUCCAAAGACAAAGCCCGCAUGUUCUUGCUUCCUCAUGCAUCCCAAUCCUGGACGGAAGGUGCGGGUAGAGAUGACGAAAACGACAUCAAAUGGCCGAAUGGACUAACUUUCGUCAACGCUCUUACUAGACGAAGCAACGAAGCCAAACUCUUGUUCCAGCCCAAUUCGGACCAUUCGAGCUUGCAUGACAAUGAUGGGGGAAAUGCUAGUAAUGGAUUCUUGAGUGUAGAUUGCAAUGCAAAGAUGGAGGAGAAGUUCUUGAGUAGCUUUACUUUGCCGGCGAGAAUGCCUACUUCGUCUUCUUUAACUUGUCUGGAUCACGUCGCAGAUCAGGAUCCCGUGGAGCAUGGGAUUGGAGCGGGAAUGUUCUCUGAUAAUAUGACAAGUUUCUUGGGUUGAUUAAUGGAAGAAUGAAGGCGGAGAAGUUGUGCUGAUAAUAGCAUCGUUUCCACAAAUAGAACAAAACUUUCGCAGUUUCCUGCUUUAGCUAUCAACCAACGAGCAUGAAUGUACUUGUCAUAUGAUCUAUCAAGGGGGUUAAAAAAUAAGUCAAACCACUCAAUACUCGACUAAAAUUUUUCGUUUAAAUUAGGUUUGUUGAACUUAGCAAAUCAAAUUUGAACAGUGUUGUUUUUCGACAAAUUUUGGAGUUCGGCUCGAAUUCGGUUCGAUUAGUCCAAAAAUAAUAA